AUGAAGAAAGGGCCUCUCACAAAGUCAAAGGUCAGCAAAAGUACCAAUGGUAACUCUUCUGACAAUAUUAAAACAAAUUUAAAAAUUAAGAGCGACAACAAUACAGCAAAUGCUAAUAGCAAUAGUAGUAAAGCUUCUCAAUUCUUAAACAAUAUCAUUGUUAAGGAAGAUAUCACGCCUCUAUCCAAAUCAAAGGUAAAUGGUACUGCAUCCUCCACUAUAGUGGACAGUAUCCCGAAAAAUAAGAAGAUCGUCAAAGCCAUUGAAGAAGCUGAACAAACUGGCUCUGAAAAUGAUAGCUCUUCUUCAGUUGAAUAUUUAUCUGAUUCGGACGCCUUAUUUUCACCAUUAUCUACUUCGAAUCAUAUAGAUUCUAUUGGCGAAGAAGAUAUGUACGAUUUUCCAUCUAGCUUCGAUGAUAAGACAUUAAGAAGAUUUCAAAAUUUUACUAUGACCCACGAGACUGACUACAGUGGUAAUAAUUUUGCUCCUUCCUUACCUUUAAAUUCUACUGGUUUAAAUAUAAUUGAUUCCGAACAAUAUGGUUUGGAUGAUUUGAACUCUCCAUUGGCUGAAAGUAACGACGACUUCUGGAAAGAAGUUCACGUCACUAGUGAAGAAGCCAUUUGUUUUUCCGAUCGUUCAGACACUUCAAACGAAAACUUCUCUCUACAAGAGAGGAAAGCUUCUGUCAUUUCUCAGGAUCUAAAUAGAAACAAUUUCACUUCUUUGAAGGAUUUUGUCUCUGAAGAUUUGGUUUCAAACGCAACUAACUCCAAAGAAUGGAAUGAAACAAUUUUUGGCGAAACCAAGGGUAAAGUCAAAUUACUUUGCUAUAGAGAUGCCGAUGGAACAUUGGCUUUAAAAAUUAGAAAUUCUGUCAAUAAUAACAAUAAUCCUCAUAGUUCACUACUAACUAAUAACUGUAACACUAAUAGUACCGAUAGAGCCGGUCAUGCAACCACUGGAAUGGUUAGCAAGAAGAAAAGAAGAAGUAAGAAAAGCAAACUUUUGAAAAAAGCCAUUAGAAGAAAAAGUGGUGUUGCUCAAAUGAUUUCAACUAAUGCUACGAUUGGUGAAUUCAUGUUAUAA